AUGUGCGAUGUCUGUCAAGUUCGACGAGCAUUUCAUAAACCACCAGCUGGAAAACCAAUUGUUUCAAUAGGUUUUUUAACUAGAUUACAAGUGGAUUUAAUUGAUAUGAGAAGCACAGCAUAUAAUGCAUUUUGUUUUAUCAUGCAUUGUAAAGACAAUUUUACGAAGUUUAGCUGGUUAUUUCCGUUGAAAUCGAAAGAAGCUAGUGGUGUUGCUUUUCAUUAG